AACCCCAUUGACGAAGACAACGAGCCUUGCAUUGACGAAGAUGAGGGACGACGGAGGAGGAGGCAUUUGCUCUGGUUCAGCUUGCCAAAGAAGACGACUACAAUAUCGUGGAAGGAAGCAUCGGUUCCAGGUGCCAUUUAUGAUGGCGAAGCACUUAGUUGGUUGGGUCGCCUCGCAGAAGCAGUGGCUCCUCGCAUUCCUCGUCAUGCUUUCGGUCUCUACCCUGAUCGUCUUCUUCUUCUUCUUCAGAGUCCCCUUCGAUACUCGUGAUCAGAACUUGACGUCAUUGACAAGAGGCCCAAUACGGUCCCCUCCUUUGGUUUAAUCGUUGGAGCUACUCCAAACCCACUUAAGUUUAUGAAAUCUAAGCUGGUUCUAUUGGUUUCGCAUGAGCUCUCUCUUUCUGGCAAAUGAAGGAGAGGGAGCAUUGCCCUUGGACACAUUUACUCAUGUUUUUAAACUCAUGCAGAGAGGAAAUCAAGCAUUUAGAGAGAGGCGUUACGAGGAGGCAAUUAAUUGUUACAUAAAAGCUAAUAGCAUCAAACCAUGCGAUCCUAUUAUUCUCAGCAACCGAUCUACUGCUUAUAUCAGGUAUAGUAAAUAUUUGAUAGAAAGACCUCCAUCAACUUCUGAAGAUAGACCAUUGAAUGGGCUGGAUCCUACAACACAUGCUGAACUUGCCUUAAAGGAUGCAGAGAAGCUGAUCAACCUACGAAGUAAUGCAGUUAAACCAUACAUGUUAAAGGCCAGUGCUCUCAUUUUGUUGGAGAGAUAUGAGAUGGCCCGAGGUGUUCUUCUUUCUGGUCUUCAGGUGGAUCCUUCUAGCAUUUCCCUUCAGAGUUCUCUUCAGAAUUUGGAGAAUAUACAAAGCAGUUUGAUGGGUAAUAGAUACCACGGAAGGCCAGAACUCAGUGAUGAAUUUAAUUGCUCAUUAUGCCUGAAGUUAUUUUAUGAACCUAUCACAACUCCUUGUGGACAUUCUUUCUGUCGCUCAUGUCUGUUUCGGUCGAUGGAUCGUAGUAAUAAAUGUCCAUUGUGCCGGAAAGUUCUUUUCAUUAGUCCAAGAACAUGUUCUAUCAGUGUUACACUUAACAGCAUUAUACAAAAGAAUUUCCCAGAGGAAUAUGCUGCAAGAAAGUCAGAUCAUGAAAGUUUGACGAACUUUGGUGUCGAUUUACUGCCUCUUUUUGUCAUGGAUGUUGUCAUUCCAUGUCAAAAAUUUCCACUGCAUAUAUUUGAACCUCGAUAUAGACUAAUGGUGAGAAGGAUAAUGGAAGGGAGUCGUCGGAUGGGAAUGGUUAUUGUUGAUCCUUCAACGAGUUCCUUAGCCGAUUUUGCUUGUGAAGUUGAGAUAACUGAGUGUGAACCACUUCCAGAUGGGCGUUUCUACCUGGAGAUUGAAAGUCGCCGACGAUUUCGAAUAAUCAGGGCUUGGGAUCAAGAUGGAUAUCGUGUUGCUGAGAUCGAAUGGAUACAGGAUAAUAUCCCACCAGAAGGGACGACAGAAAGAGAAGAAUUACUGGAGUUGACACGUAAUGCAGGAGAGUACACUCGGUCAUGGAUGAGGAGGGCAAAACAGACAGCACAAGAUGAUCAAAGAAAACUCGAGCAAAUUCAUAACCUGGAGACAAUGAUGCCCACAGUCCAAGAUCCUGAGCGCUUCAGCUUCUGGCUUGUUACCCUAUCAAAUCUGAGGCCUCAAGAAAGAUUGGAGCUACUGCGCAUGAGAGAUACAACAGAGAGGAUCAAGCGUGGGUUGAUUUAUCUCAAUACCGAGCACGGCUGCCGAGUGCAAUAGUAGAAAUUAUGGUGAUUAUAAAUUAAUUUCAUUUAUAUAUAACAAACAAUCAAAUAUUCUCCAUUUCAAAAAAAAAAAAAAAAAAAUUCUUUGGUUCACGCUAAUACGGUCGUGGAUCUUUAUUUUUUUUCCCUUUAAUACGGGAAAUUUUUUUUUCUCCUUUUGAGUGCAUAUGGGAAUCAUGUAAUUCUGCCUUGACUUUUCUUGUUAUACAUGCAUGAUAUUUAUAUGGACAGCUGAGCUGGGUACUAUUAAUCAACUCGUACGAGAGUCGAGAGAAAAGAGUUACUUAUCAAAAAUAUUUUUCUUA